UUUUUAGGCAAGUAAUGGUACUUUUACUUGAGUAUGAUUAUUCAGUGCUCUUUCCACCACUGCAAUUGGGCAGCUAUAUCAGACUUUAACUCGGUUGUUUGGCACUGUUUUCAUUUAUUAAAAUGUGACUUCCGCCAUCUUGUGUCUUUUUCAAGAGAAUAUUUCGCGCCAGUUUAGUGUGUGCAGUGAAGCAUCAGGUAGAGGACAUUAUUUACCCCACUUCAGCUUUCAUAUUGUUUUAGAUUUACUUUAUAAACAGAUUAUAACACAGUUGCGGUCAUAUUUAAUGGUGUAUUUGGUAAAAAUAGUGAGGAUUAGGUCGUAAGAAAAAACUUUUAAAGCUUAAAUUUACCCCACACGGUACCGGCUCGUCUAUAUUUUACUCCAGCAUUAAUUCUGCCGUCAUGACGACCGUCUCCCGCUUGUGACGGAAAAACAACAUUCGCCGAGCAACACAGACAGCCCCACAGCACUCGCUGAGCAACACAGGCAGCCAAUCAGAGCUCGCUGAGCCACAUACAAGCAUCCAAUCGGCGUUCGCUGAGGAACUUGCAGGCAAAUAUCCCGCCCUCGGCGCUUAUUAUGAGGUGGAGAGAGAUUUCAUUCAGCGGAGCUUAUCUGAGUGACAAACUUUGUUUCAUGUAUAAUUCCACUAAUGUUUCGAGAGUUGUGUGUUCAUUUAAAGACAGUGAGAAAAUGAGGGAUCUAGAAAAAUCCUUCAAAGCUGGAGAGACUGAAGAAUGAACAGACUUUAUUGAAGAGAGCGAAGAUGAUGAACCUGUAAAAGCCGAGAAAAUCCCUCAUUUAUUGACUGAAGAUAUUUUUAAUAAUGAAAAGAAAAGACAAGAAGUGUUUCACCUGCACUGAGUGUGGGAAGAGUUUGGGAUCCAAACACUGUCUCCAGCUUCACAUGAGGAUUCACACUGGAGAGAAACCGUACACAUGCACUGAGUGCGGGAAGAGUUUCAGACAAUCAUCAGCGCUUAAAUCACACAUGCUGAUCCACACUGGAGGGAAACCGUACACAUGCACUCAGUGUGGGAAGAGUUUCAGACAUUUAUCAAACUUCAAAAAACACAUGCUGAUCCACACUGGAGAGAAACCGUUCACAUGCACUCAGUGCGGGAAGAGUUUCAGUAGAUCAACACACUUUAAUGAGCACAUGAUGAUCCACACUGGAGAGAGACCACACACAUGUGAUCGAUGCGACAAAACGUUUUUGAGGGCUGCAGACCUGAAGAUCCAUCUUAGAGUUCAUACAAAAGAGAAACCGUAUUCAUGCUCUGAGUGUGGGAAGAGUUUUGGACGUCAGUCAAGUUUAAAAGACCAUCAGAAGAUCCACACUGGAGUGAAAGAGUACGUGUGCUGUCAGUGUGAGAAGACUUUUAUCACAGCUGGUUUGUUGAAACAGCAUCAGAAGAUCCACACUGGUGUGAGAGAGUUUGUGUGCUUUGAGUGUCAGAAGACUUUUAUUAGAGCUGAAUAUUUGAAACGGCACCAGAUGAUUCACACUGGAGAGAAACCGUACAGGUGUUCACACUGCGACAAGAGCUUCAGACAGUCGGGAACCCUGAACGCACAUGAGAGGAUUCACACUGGAGAGAAACCGUACACGUGUGAUCAGUGUCUGAAGAGUUACACACGGUGGUCGCAUCUUCAGAAACACAUGAAAAUCCACACUGGAGAAAAGCAGCACACGUGACAUCAAUGCAGCAAAACAGUUUCUCGUGUGUAACGAGUGUUUCACAUCAGAAAACACUGGUGCUGCAGAUGUGUGGAUUCCUCUUGAUUAUUUGCUUCUUCAUGAUUACUGCAUAAACCAGGAUACAAACAUAUAUUGUAUUGAUUUCAGCAGAGUAAAGGUCUGUGCACACCGAGACAUUUUUUGCUCGCGUUUUCCGUCAACGUUUAACGCCUUGUGACUUUUAGCUGGUCAUCUCAGCUAAGACCAGGCUGGAAAUGGCUGGAAACGGCCAAAACCCCUCUAAAACCAGGCUGGUCAACCAGCUAAAACCAGCCAACCAGCCUAGGCUGGUUUAAGCUGGAUUUUUCAGCAGGGUUAAAAUAUAAGAUACAUUAUUUCUUUUGAUAACACAGCAAAUCAAUGGUUGCCUGAUGGUGAUCAGAAUAUUAAGAAGUUGUUGACUGAUGAUUCUGGGUCUGGAAGCGGUACCCUCCCCUCUUCCUUCUGUAUGUGCCAUCAAUUAGUCUCUUCUUGCUUUGUUUCUCUCUUUGAAUUAGCAGGAUUUGAAUAUGGGUAACAUAAGACAGUCCAGUGAUGUCAUUUCGAACAUGUUUAAUAACAGCUUAACUGAACUAUAAUACACGGUCAAAAAACCUG